GAUUUUUUGAUGACUCAGUAAAGAUUUCUUGUGUGUCGGAAUCUAUUUUUUGUUUGCCAUCAAAUGAAUUCAAACAAUUUAGGAAAUCAAACGUUAGGGAUCAAAUGAUGAUACUCAUAUAGAUAAUAGAUAUAGUAGUAGUAUGUAACAAUCUGUGGGUCGAAACCAAUCGUAGUAAAAUGGCAGCCGCCAAGGAGCCGGUGUGCGUCACCGGAGCUAACGGCUUCAUCGGCUCAUGGGUGGUCAAAACCCUCCUCCAACACGGCUACACCACCAUCCACCUCUCCAUCUUCCCCGCCUCCGACCCUUCCCACCUCUUCUCCCUCCCGGGCGCCGCCGCCGCCACUCUCCUCGUGCACGAGGUCGACCUCCUCGACUCCGCCGCAGUCGACAAGGCCGUGGAGGGCUGCGCGGGAGGCGGGGUCUUCCACGUGGCGUCGCCCUGCUCGCUGGAGGACCCCGUGGACCCGCAGGCGGAGCUGCUCGACCCCGCCCUCAAGGGCACCCUCAACGUCCUCGCCGCCGCCAACAAGUUCCGGGUGCGGCGCGUGGUCCUCACCUCCUCCAUCUCCGCCAUGGUGCCUAACCCGGCCUGGCCCACCGCCACCCUCGUUGAUGAGUCUUGCUGGACUCAUCUUGACUAUUGCCGCCAACGCCAGAAAUGGUAUCCGGUAUCAAAAACUCUAGCCGAGAAAGCUGCAUGGGAUUUUGCAAAGGAAAAUGGUGUGGAUGUUGUAGCAAUAAAUCCCGCUACAUGUCUUGGCCAACUUUUGCAACCGGGACUGAAUGCUAGCUGUGCAGUCUUGUUGCAGCUACUGCAGGGGUCGAAAGAUACGCAGGAGUAUCACUGGUUGGGCGCUGUGCAUGUCAAAGAUGUAGCUAAGAGAAAGUUGCAAGCCUCUUUCCUGAAUUUCCAGUUCACAGUUUCAAAAUAUAUAUGCCUUUCCAGCCCAUUGGGACAGGUGCUAUCUUCUUCCUUUUUCGAUUUCACAGGAAAUAAUUAAAUUUCCAAUGUCCGAACUGAAUCGCUAGAACUAUAGCCUUCUGCAAGCAACUUCAAUCUAGCUAAGAAUUAGAGCCCCUAUAGACUAUAAGAAACCAAUGAUCUCUUUACUUUAAAAAAAGAUUCUUGAAUCUGUACUUUGAUCUCAAAAAGUUCGAGAACUUUAUCGAAUUAUGCAGUCCUAAAUAAUUUUUUCCCACCCUUUUAGUUACUUUGCCAAACUUCAAAAUGUGCAAAUAUCAUCUGUGUUUGGUUUUGAAUUAUUGCUAUUCUUGUAAUGAUAUGGUGAUCAAUCAAGGUCUCUAAUAAUGUAACAUAAAGGUGUGCACUAUAUGCUUUUUUCGAUGAUUUUCCUCUUUCCCGAGACGUGUUUUAUUUUGGGCUCAGUCACAAGAGGAAAAGACAUAGCAACCAUCAUUUGUAUGUCUCAAUUGAGAUCAAGAUAGGAAGGGGCCAGAAGGGGUAGGGAUCUUAUCAUGUUGGGAAUCUCAAUAUAGUCCUUGCACUAUUAUUUGAUUUUGUCACUGUUUCACAUUUUAAAUAUGGAGGUAUCUUUUUU